UGUCAGCAGCAAUUGAAAUGCGAUGUCUCUUGAAGUUCAGCAAUAACGUUAUCAUCAUGACAUUCGUGACUGCCUUCUUCGGUGUCUAUGGCCUGGGUCCACUGCCGCCUCCUGACUAUGAGUAUUAUGAUGUGCCUCAGUUGCCUCUUACGCCUAGACGGAGUUCGGCAAAGACCGCGAGACCGUACAAGUUUGACUACAACAUCGCUGACCACGAGGGCAACCAGCAGUAUCGGAUCGAAAGGGCCGAUGCGCAAAACACCAAGACGGGCGCGUACGGCUAUCGCGCUGUCAACGGGAUCUUCCGCCACGUGAACUACAUCGCCGACAAAUAUGGCUUUCGCACUGUUGUGAACACAAACGAACCCGGCACUGCUCCUAUGGACUCUGCUGACGCCGUCUACAACGCGGCUCCCAUCAAAGUUCUCCCUGUUAAGGCGCCCCAGCAUUCAAUAGCUGCCGAAAACAUUUGGUACGCAGGCCUCACAAAAGAAUACGGCGGACGGUACGGCCUCCGGAACGGCGUCACUGCAAUUUCAAACUUUCCAGGGCAAAGGCUGCCUCAGGUUGACACGGAUCACAUAGCCUUGGAGAAUUCACACCUAAGCUCUGAUUACUACUACGAAUAGCCAUGAAACGAACACCC